AGUAAGCGCAUCACUUGAUAAUCUGCCGAAAAUGCCGCCCCAGAAGAAGCGCUCCCGUGGCUCCGGCAAGGCACCGAUCGACCCCAAAGCCGCCCAAACUGAGGAUCAUGAGGUGGAGAUGAUGGAGGAGGACUCGGACAGCAGCGAGAGUGAGGACGACCUAACGUUCGCGCCUAACGAUGGAGCCGACGAUGACGAUGACUCGGACGACGAGAUGGACGGAGGAGAGGCCGCUGCUGCUGCCGGUGGCAAUGUGAGCGUGGAUUUCCUCUUCUCAGAUCCGCGCGAGGCUCAUUUCCACAGCGUUAAGCAGUUUCUUCUGGCCUACUUGCCGCCCACGCAGCCCUUCGACGUGUCUGGACUGGCCAAUGCCAUUGUGGGCCAGGUUACGGCUGGCACCAUGGUCUGCGUGGAGGGUGAGGACGACGUCUAUGGCUUCAUCACUGCUCUCAACCUCAAGGGCUUCGCCAACGAGACUAGCAUCCAACAGAUCCUACAGUACGUGACCAAAAAGUGUCCGAGUGCUGAGUUGCCCAAGCUCCAGCAGAUCCUCAAUACCAAGAACGUCGGACUCGUGCUCAAUGAGCGCAUGGUAAAUCUGCCAUACCAGCUGGUACCAGCGCUUCACUUGGCGCUUCACGAGGACAUCGAGUGGGCGAUCCAGAACGAGGACACGGAGGAGCUGCGCAACAGCUUCAAGAUGGACUAUUUCCUCAUCCUGGCCACUUGUACAGAGGAGAAGAGCGGCAGCAGCGGCUCCAAACAGGGCAAGAAGUCUAAGACAGCGUAUGAGCAGACAGCCAAGUUUUUCCACAACUUCGAGGACGAAUUCCUGGAGCAGGAGGCGGAACUUUCCUUCUCAUUCGACACUCCCUUGACUGAACGCGAGCGAGUGGACAAGAGCAGCAAGACUACAGUUGUGAUGCUGCUAGAGCGCGAAAAACACAAGGCGGCGUUGGCCAGCAUCUCGGCAAUGAUCAACGUGUAAUUAGAAUAUUUAGCGCCCGCGUUUGACCCCUGCCCUCUUAUGUCAUUCUACUUCGUAUGUCUGGCCAUCCAGUCUUUCGCUAGCCCAAUACUGGUUCGAAGAUGCCGCAGCUCUUCUUCUUCUUCUGGUCGAAGGAAGCGACGACUUAAAAGGGAUAUUGGGGCUCCUCUUCUUGCAGUCUUAGCAGUUGGAGCGUCAUCAACUUGAUCGCUUUUGUUCGAC